UGUUGACCGACGUGGCCUGAUCCAGCGCUGGCGACUGUCCCCUUCAUCCUCACACUCAAUCUCUACCUUUUUUUUUUUUUUUUUGUCUCUGAGGGUCGUAGCCCUGCCUGAACUGAUCUGGCUGUGAGGCUCAACUCUGUUUGUUGCCAAUUAAAACUGAACCGACCCGUCAAAUUGCCCGAAACAUCUGAAAAACGUAAAGCAUGGCUGUGGCCAGAUGUCCGGAUUAUUUCCUGCAUCAUCCAAAUUAUCAGCAGGACAAUAUUGACCGGUCGUCCAAUCACAGACCGGCAGAUCUGAUUCGUCCAAGUUUCCAGCCGCCUGCUAACCAGGGCUCCCCCAGCCAUCAAGAAGAUGACGUAGACUUAGAGGCCCUGGUGAAUGAUAUGAACUCUUCCCUGGAGAGCCUGUACUCCUCCUGCAGUGGCCAGCAGACGGAGUCCACCCCGUUGCUGCACAACGGACGGACCUCUUCCUCGCACCUCCACCAUCACACACAACACAACCAGGCACGGCAGCUUCAGCGCUCGCAGGUGUCCCCGGAGCCACCUCCCUCCUCCUCCUCGCUGUCUGCGGACCUGCCCCAGACAAGCCUCAGGAGGUCACAGCCCAUGCACAUCCUCGCCGUCAGGAGGUUGCAAGAGGAGGAGCAGCUGAGGACAUCGUCUCUCCCGGCCAUCCCCAACCCUUUCCCAGAGCUCUGCAGUCCAGCAAGCUCACCUGUCCUCAGUCCUGGGUCGUUGCCUCCUGGAGAGCCCUCUUCAGGCAAAUAUAUUGUGAAGAUCUUCAGCGAGGACGGCAUGGGUAAAGCCGUUGAGAUCCCCGCAGACAUGACAGCCAGGGACCUCUGCCAGCUCCUGGUUUAUAAAAGCCAUUGUGUAGAUGACAACAGUUGGGCACUUGUUGAACACCACCCGCUGCUUGGGCUAGAGCGCUGUCUAGAAGACCACGAGUUGGUGGUUCAGGUCCAGGCCUCCAUGAACAGUGACAGUAGAUUCCUCUUCAGGAAGAACUAUGCCAAAUAUGAAUUCUUCAGAAAUCCCUUGACCUUUUUCCCAGAGCACAUGGUUGCGUGGUGCCAGGAAACCAAUCGCACGAUUCCACCAUCUCAGCUACUUCAGAACUUCCUUGCAACCAGCAGCUGUCCAGAAAUCCAGGGUUAUCUUUACAUCAAGGAGGUCGGUAGAAAGUCAUGGAAGAAAGUGUACAUGUUCCUGCGCCGCUCGGGUCUCUACUGUUCGACAAAAGGAACCUCAAAGGAGCCCAGACAUCUACAGCUACUAGCAGAUCUAGAGGACAGCAAUAUCUUUACCGUCAUCACAGGCAAAAAGCACCACGGUGCGCCCUCAGACUACAGCUUCUGUAUCAAACCUAAUAAGUCCAGAGGGGAGAUGAAGGAGUUGAGACUGUUGUGUGCAGAGGAUGAACAAGGCCGGACCUGCUGGAUGACUGCGCUACGACUCUUUAAGUAUGGGAUUGUACUGUACCAGAAUUAUAAGAUUCCUCAACAAAGAAAAACCCUGCUCUCACACUUUUCUGCUCCUAUGAGGAGCGUAUCGGAGAACUCCCUCGUGGCCAUGGAUUUCUCAGGGAGGAUAGGUCGGGUCAUCGACAACCCGGUAGAAGCUCAGAGCGCUGCCAUGGAGGAGGGACACGUAUGGAGGAAGAGGACUCAGCGAAUGAACGUAUUAGGUUCCCACAGUCCCCUACACCACUCUUCACUAAGCUCAGUCAUCCACAUGGCUCAGCUGUGGUUUUACGGCAGGAUAACCAGAGAGGAAUCCCAUCGCAUCAUCCACCAGCAGGGACAAGUAGAUGGGUUGUUUCUGCUGAGAGUCAGUCAGAGUAACCCCAAGGCGUUUGUGCUCACACUGUGCCAUCACCAGAAAAUCAAACAUUUCCAGAUACUACCAUGUGAAGAGGACGGCCAAUCCUUCUUCAGCCUUGAUGACGGUGUAACCAAAUUCACCGACUUGAUUCAGCUGGUGGAGUUCUACCAGCUCAACAGAGGAGUUUUGCCUUGUAAACUCAAACACCCGUGCACCGUCGUGGCCUUAUGACAUCUUCGGAUCACCCCCACCCAUAACCCUUGACACUUGACCUGACUCUGCCUAAAGCAAACGAAACAAAGAGAAUCUCCCUCUCUUGAGUGGUUCUUUUUGUUUUUAUCUUUCUAAGAAGCUGGUGAAUUGACUGAUGUUUCGUUGUUGUCAUUUUAUAUUGUCGUGAGUCUGCUGGAGGCUGCUGACCGGUUGGAUUUCUUGUGCUUUGCAUGGAAGGCUGGAAAAAGAAAAAAAACAAACUCAGAUGCACAAAGUACUCAGUUAAGAAAAGCAAAGAUAAAGGAAAUGAACACUGCCAUUCGUGUCAACGCUGUUGCAAACUUUUCCACAGUCUUGCCUCUAGUAUUCAUGGAUAAGCAUGGGACUUGGAGGAUUAAUCUCACGGCUCCAGCACAGACUGUAUUUACCUUCAACUGGACAAUCAGCAGGACGUUUCAAGCUUUUGUACGGACAACUUUGUUCCCUACCAACAAGCUACGGUCUCAUUCAAACUUUUUAUGGCAUUUUGUUUCGAUUUGAUCUCAACGGUGAUAUUGCAGGUGAAGUCUAUUUUCUCUUAGUUUUGUACUAAGUAAAGUGGGUGUAACUUAUGAUGGUGCAUGACCUCUACUUGCACAUUUCUCACAGGUGAGAUGGUGCCUCUGCCCUCUGGUGUCAUCAGCAUGCUCUGACAUGUCCAUUUUCAACAUGGAUGAGAUUUUGGGGCAUGUGAAAGUCUUGAUUUGAAUCCUUUCAGGCUGGGAGAAGUUGGAGUAAAAUGAAAAAAAUAAAUAUAUACAUAUAUAUUUUGGAAUACAACAUCUGCAUUGUUCACCCAUUUGAAGAAUCAGUGAUCUUUGCAGGAUUCCUUUAAGCUCUGAUUAUGAAUUAUUACCAAUAUUCCAUUCAAGUCCAGCUUUUACAGUUCUUAUCAUUUACAUAAGCUACAGUAAGAUCAUUCAAUACUUUAUCAGUUACUCCACCUCCAUAAACUAGUUGCCCAGCAACCUCCAUAAAAACAAAGAUGCAUCGGUCAAGGCAUGGUGCCAUUCAGGGUAAAAUAACAAUUCAAGUUAUCCGAACCAGACAGACAGCUUUUCUAAUUGGAAUGUUGAACAUUAAAUUCAGGUACAGUGGAAGAACUUGACAAGUGGUGCUGUAUGCAGAUAUGUGAUCUAGCAAAUGCACAACGCUGGUUGUACCAGUUUUUGUCCGAGUCCCGUCGUCUCUGCACAGGGAAGGAUAACCACUAGCAUUCCCUUCAAGAGUGUUACACAAACAGCUUUCACGUGUUGGAAAUGUGCGUCAAAGAUCUGUAGACCGUGUGGUGACUGUUAGUCCCCGUUCUCUGCCCUUUCUUCACAUAUGUUGCACAAAAUCACCUCCCAACUGUUCAAAAACAGAGAAACUGUCAAACAUGUACAUGUCUGGAAGUAUGGUUUUGCAUAGAUCCUGUAAAUAACAUUCCAUGUAAUGUGGCCUUUUUAUACCUGGACGUACUUGGAAACAAACGGUAUUAAAUACAGUAAGAACUUACUACCCAGUGGAUGCCACCUGUAAAUACUGUAUAUCCACACCGACGGUCAUAAAACACCUGCAGGCACAAUGUGGAUGGUAUUUUAAACACAUGAUGCAUCUCCACCUCUUUGCUCAAUUUUGCUACAGUUUUUGCAGCCUUCCUUGAAUGCAGAAAUAAAAUUAUUAAUAUUUUAGGACUCAUAGUUUAGAUUGCAAUAAUGGAAUAAUGAAUAAUUGAAUUGGAAUUAUUGACUGACUUGUACGUGCAGAGCUUUUUUGUGACAAUAAUGAGAAAGUCUUAGCGGAGGACAUCUCCCAUUGUGUUUGUUUGAAGCCUUCAGUUCUCACACCAUGUCAGUCCAAAUUCUUUUUAAAUUUCCUUUUGUGUUUUUCCAAGAACACGAUGGCACUCCUGUGAUUAAGUACAGAGAAAAGAAGAGUUCAGUGCAGGAGAAGCUGUUAUACUGUCCGGCAGGACGGAAACAAGCAUGAAAUACUGGAAGGGCAAAACCAAGUUAACUUGAACUCUGGGAAGAGUUAUGUUUUUCACAGUCUUGGUCGUCACUUCCCACAAGCCACUGUCAGUGUUCACGAUCACCUGAUCUCAAACAUCUCACAAUAAUUGGCUUUUUUUUUUUUUCCCAAUUAAUCCAGCGUUAACUUCUUGAAUUUGUUUUUUGUAUUUUUAAACAUGGUUUUAGUCCAAGGCAGCUUUAUUAGCUGAACAACCAGCAGAUUGUUAGAAAUCUGUAUUUGCAUACAUCAACAGCCAUCUUUAAUCAACCAGCAGGUGUAAAACAUCUGAGGUGCAGAAUAGCAGCACUAUAUUGACGCUCAGUGCAAGGUCACCAUUAUUUAUCUAAGAUGCAAUGACGGUUUUUCCUUUUUGUUUUGUUUUUAUUGAUGCAGCAAAGUGUAUUUAUUUAUCUGGGAUAUGACUGAUUACUUGAAAAUUUUAGAUUUUUUUUUUCUCAGCGCUGUUCUGUACUGUUUUCUCUUGUCCUUGAAAUUUAUUGUAACAAUUAUAAUUGUUUUGACAUAGCCUAUAUUGAUGUUAUCAAAAUAAUUCUGAUCAACACUUGUUAUGAAGUGAUGUUUAAAGCACAUCAGUUGUGUUGACUUUGUCAUUCCAGUAGGUGACAAGUGGAAUGUUGUAAAGAAAAAAAAAAGUUUCCCAAAGCAUUAUGUCACUAAAUAGAAUUUUUUUAAAAAAGCCCUUUUCAAUUAGUGUUUUUAUUUUUCCCAAAUCUGUUCAAAGGUUCAAUGUGAAGCCUAAGACAACCACUGGGUGUUUGAAUCCAACUGCAAAACAAACUGAGAAAAAAACUGAAACUGAUUUCUAAUUUAAACGCCGGAAACGGCUUAUAAAAAAAAGAACAUUUCUGUUCCAACCCUAAAUUAUUUCAAAAGUGAUAAAUUUUUCUAUGUCUAUAUUAUCCUGGCUUCCAAUAAAAGAAGAAAAAAGUUGAAAUAAACUUUAAAAGCUACAUAACAUUUGGGGGAAACUGCACAAGUGGGCCAACCCAAAAAUCACAAUUGAAAUGCCUUGCCUUUUAAGAGAGAAGAUGUAGAUGUAGGAUAAAACACAGAAGUUACAGUAAAUCCCCGAAACUUGCAAUUGUUACAUUAUGUAAGUAAAUACUUUGGUAACAACCAGCACCCCACACAAACUGUACAAACCUGAGCCCAGUCACCUUUAUAAAACUGCAGAGUAUGGAACUUAUCUUUCAUGUAAUUUAAACUACAUGUACACCAGAGCAUCAUGGUUAAAUGGGUUACAACACUGCAUUUCAGGUGGGAAUGACACAUUUUUUUUCUAAUUUAGUUUAAUGGGAUCCUGUCACUGUGGAUAAAUCUGGACCAUAUGAGAGUACAUCAAUUCCUUUAUAUGUGCUGGAAGUCAUCUUAAGCUAUUGAGACAUGAUGUGUUGACAUCCACACAGUUUCAGUCUAACCUAGUGCAGUCGUCUCCUCACUCCCAGCACCAGUUUUUAUCUGACUGCUGUGAAAUGUAGCAGACAUUGCCCGUGUGAGAGUCAGGCCUUAUAGCCCUGAAAUUUGUUUGAGAUUUUACUCAGAAGUAGAAAGUACAUUCAGUUAAUAAACACAUGGACAAACAAACAAGGGUGUUUGGAUAUUCACUUAUUUUUAAACUUAGCAGAUGUGAAUGUAACUGGGUUGCUCAGGGCUGAUUUUGAGGAUUUUUGACACUACUGGUGAACUUUAACUGCGGGACUAACACUUUUAUUUGCACCGCCCAUUUUGCCAGUUGAUUACUUGAAAACAAUCCUGCAAACAAUGCAGUAGAUGCAAUAGAUCCUAUGUCGGGAAUACGUCAGCUGAUUCAGUCAGUGUCAUGUGAACUACGAUUUAAUUUGACAACAGCUGAACGAUUCGAAAAACGACUUUUUCUGCUAUCAGUUCUAGUAAUGUAGAAAAAUAUGCUCAAUUUAUUUUAUCACACAGUUUGUUUUUUGUUUUAUCAGUACAUUAAACCCUCAAACUCGUACAUGAAAUGACUGAGGGUGAAGCACAGUGUCAGUUAACUCGUAAGCUCAGAAGGUGCCUCUGAUGACUCCUUUUCCUCUUCACAAACCAGGCCUAACACAUGGACUAAAUGACAAAGCUGUAUUUUGCAGUUAAGUAAAUACUUCUGAGGUAUGAUUCAAAAACUGAUAACUACACCCUUUUGAGUCUGAGUAAAGCUGUUGGGAAUGAGUGCUUUGUUUUUCGGCUGCAGUGUCUGUGCACUAUUGGAGCUCAAAGUGAGUUGGCCCCAAUCCUGCAAAGAGGGAUUAAUCUGCUAUCAUCUGAUUCUUGUGCAUUUUCAUUAACAUUAUCACAAUGCAAGAUACCAUGGUUGUACAAAUGAGUAAAGAUGAAAUUUAGCUAUAUAUAAACUAUUAUGUCUUUCAGGGAAUGCAAAAGAAGAAAAAAAAGAAAGAAAACAGUAACUCGCCCUUUUUGUAGGAGAGAGCUGCUGUGUUCAUGUGCUUUGCUUCAAUUUGUAAAUAGUUGAAUGGCUUAUGAGUCUUAAUUGUAACCUUUUCAGGUAUUUUUGUACAAAUAAAGGACUGAUAUAUUCUGUUUAUUGUUAUUAGAUUAAAACAUUAAUACAUUGAUAUA